AUGACUGAGGUUCUUCGUAUUGCGGGAUCUUCCAGUAACUUAAAGGGAACAUUUCAGAAAAGCCUGAAGAUCGCGGCAGCCUCGUCCAUGGGGAUUUUUGAGAUCAUGAAAGAGAGGGCAAAUCUAUCCAAAGAGGACGCAAAGUCGGAAGAGGCGGUAGGCGAAGCGGAGGCCUAUAGGUUGGAACUACAGGCGCUCAAAAAGAAAGAAAGACAGGAUAAAAAGGACAAAACUCCCAGUCCUAGAGAGAAGGAUAGAGAGAAAAGUAACAGAGGAAAGCGAUCAUCUGAUAUUACUAAAAAGAGUCCUAGAAGAACCCCAUCAGAUAAAAUAAAGGCGAGGGAUAAACUCAUAACGUCAGAAUCAGAGCAUAUGGAUGUAGACGAGAAGUCGCCCAAAUCAAAGAAGGUCACAUUGGAUAAUCCAGAAAAAUGCCCAGAAGAGGGUAACAAAGAAAGAGCAGAUCAAAAAUUAGCUGUCAAGGAAGGAAAGGUAGAGGGAUACAAGAACAGGAGAAGCGAAACAGGAUUUGACACGACGGAGUUAGAGGACAUGAUCAGGAGAAUUGUCGCGGAGGAAUUGUCCAAAUAUAACAGAAAACCAAUUAUUACGGAGAUUUAA